CAUGCCAGUUCGGAUCUGUCUCGGGCUCUAAUAAAACACAUUCAUCGUACUGUGUAACCCCUUCCACACUCACUCACGUUCCUUUUUCUUAUACUCCCCAAACCAAACCAGCCCGCCGCCGGCGCAAGUUAGCCUACCUAGUAUCCCCCCCCCCCCAACCGGCCUGUACUUCCCCACCACCGGUUAUGGCUACCUCCUCCUCCCAAACCCUCCGGACCCCAUUUCUCAAGACGCCGUCUCUUAACUCUAAACUACCGCUCUACUCCGCGUUUUCAGUUGCGAUCCAUCCCACCCGCAGGUCAGUGAAGCCGCUCGUGGUGGUUGUCUCCGCGGCGGCUCUUGGCGGCAAGCCGACUGUGUUGGUGGCGGAGAAGCUGGGAGAUGCCGGGAUUGAGUUGCUGAAGGAGUUUGCCAACGUGGAUUGCGCCUAUAACCUGAGCCCCGAGGAGCUGUGCACCAAGAUCUCGCUCUGCGACGCGCUGAUCGUCCGGAGCGGGACCAAGGUGAGCCGCGAGGUGUUCGAGUCCUCGGCCGGGCGGCUCAAGGUCGUCGGGAGGGCCGGCGUGGGCAUCGACAAUGUCGAUCUGGCCGCAGCGACCGAGCACGGAUGUUUGGUGGUCAACGCCCCCACCGCUAACACUGUCGCCGCCGCCGAGCACGGUAUCGCGCUCUUGACUGCCAUGGCCAGGAACGUUGCUCAAGCCGAUGCUUCUGUUAAAGCUGGAAAAUGGCAGCGGAAUAAAUAUGUAGGAGUCUCAGUUGUUGGAAAAACACUUGCUGUGAUGGGGUUUGGAAAGGUUGGAUCAGAAGUUGCCCGACGUGCGAAGGGGCUUGGUAUGCAUGUGAUUGCGCAUGAUCCAUAUGCCCCAUCAGACCGUGCUCGUGCAAUAGGAGUGGACCUUGUGAGUUUUGAUGAAGCCUUAGCAACUGCAGAUUUCAUCUCUUUGCACAUGCCUCUUACUCCUGCUACAUCAAAGAUUCUCAAUGAUGAAACUUUUGCGAAGAUGAAGAAAGGAGUUCGGAUUGUCAAUGUUGCUCGUGGGGGAGUUAUUGAUGAAGAAGCUCUAGUGAGGGCUCUGGAUGCUGGAAUUGUUGCUCAGGCGGCACUUGAUGUUUUCACACAGGAGCCACCACCAAAAGACAGCAAGUUGGUUCAGCACGAGAGAGUUACUGUGACCCCUCAUCUUGGUGCCAGCACAAUGGAAGCUCAAGAAGGGGUGGCCAUUGAAGUAGCCGAAGCUGUUGUGGGAGCCCUGAAAGGGGAGCUUGCUGCUACUGCAGUCAAUGCCCCAAUGGUUCCUGCAGAGGUGUUAACAGAACUGAAACCAUAUGUUGAACUUGCCGAGAAACUGGGUAGACUAGCUGUUCAAUUGGUAGCUGGAGGAAGUGGCAUGAAAACUGUUAAAGUGACCUAUGCUUCUGCUAGAGGCCCUGAUGAUCUUGACACCAGGCUUCUUCGUGCCAUGAUCAUCAAGGGUCUCAUUGAGCCCAUAUCCAGUGUCUUUGUGAAUUUGGUUAAUGCUGAUUUCACCGCUAAGCAGAGAGGUCUCAAGAUAACUGAGGAGAGAAUCAAUCUAGAUGGAUCGCCCGAGAGUCCACUUGAUUUCAUCCAAGUCCAGAUUGCCAAUGUGGAAUCCAGAUUUGCCAGUUCUAUAUCUGAGUAUGGGGAGAUUAAGGUUGAGGGACGCGUGAAAGAUGGGAUUCCCCAUUUGACAAAGGUAGGAUCUUUCGACGUUGAUGUCACUUUGGAAGGUAGUAUUAUACUCUGCAGGCAGGUCGAUCAGCCAGGUAUGAUUGGAACGGUUGGGAGCAUUUUGGGUGAGGAGAAUGUGAAUGUCAACUUUAUGAGUGUUGGAAGGAUUGCCCCCAGAAAACAAGCUGUAAUGGCAAUUGGGGUGGACGAUCAACCUAGCAAGGAAGCUUUGAAGAAAAUAGGCGAUGUUCCGGCCAUUGAAGAGUUUGUUUUCCUCAAGUUGUAGUGUCAUCAAUAUUCCAUCUUUCUUCCCUAUGGCCCGCUGAUGCGAAUCACAUAACCACAUCCUACUGCCGAUUUUGAGGAUUUUUUUGUGUUGUAGCUUUGAGGAGAAGAGAACGUUAGUUCUGCUUUGCAAUGAAAAUUUUUGUGUUUUUAACGAGUUAGUAAUUUCCUUUUAAUGAAAGUUUCUGUUUCAAUA